UAUCGGAAUCAGGUUAUAAAGAUUUUGUGUGGGCAAUUGAACUAAAUCGUCCGAGCUUAGAAUUGAUCGGCUUAUGGCCAAAAAUUAAUGGAAUUUCUAAAAGAACUCUCGGUUCUAACAUACGUGCAAAUUUCACUUUCAUUAUGAUUACAUUUGUUCUUGGUAUUCCUCUUGUACAUGCGCUUACGCGAGUUUGGGGCGACAUGGUACUAAUGAUAGAAAAUUUACGAAUUACAUUACCUAUGCUAUCAGUUUUAUUAAAACUUGUUGUCAUGCGACGGAAGCAAUCAGUACUUUUGUCCGUCAUAAAGAUGAUGAAAGAAGAUUGGAUAACGUUAAAGCGAAACACAGAAAGAGACAUAAUGAUCAAGCAUGUACAGAUUUCUCGACUAAUUGUAAUUUGUGCAUACAUUUUGAUGACAUUUACGUUAAUUAUGAUCACCAUAUUUCCUUGUUUUGGCCUAUCGUUUAGACGUGUGACAAAUCUUACGGAUCGGGACAGACCGUUACUCCUGCAGUCGUAUUAUUUCUACGACACAGAUAAGAGUCCACAAUUCGAAUUGACAUAUCUUACUCAAGUCAUAGGGAUGUUUCUAGCUGUCGUAAUAUAUACGUCGGUAGAUAGUUUUCUUGGAUUAGUGAUUUUUCAUAUCUGCGGUCAAUUAGAGAACUUCAGAAGCCGAUUAAUUAGUUUGGAUGCAGGAAAUGAGUUUAACAAAACUUUAAGUAAUAACGUAGUGACUCAUUUACGACUUAUCAGGUAUGUCGAUAAACUCGAAGAUAUGUUUAAUUUAAUGAUGCUCGGAACUAUAAUAUAUUUUGGCAUUAUAUUUUGCUUAUCCGGAUUUGUGUUGAUUGUUAUGAUCAAUAAUGAGAAGAUAAAUGCUGCCAAUUUUUUACGAAUAUACUACAUGACAGCAAUUAUCACUAUUUAUUUUAUGCAAAUGUUUUUCUAUUGCUAUGCUGGAGAUCUAAUAACAGAACAAUGUGAAGCAGUAUAUCAUGCUGUCUACGAUCUUGAAUGGUACAACUGGGAAUCAAAACAAGCGAGAAAUCUUAUUCUAUUAAUGAUACGAGUGCAGCAACCCUUCCGUAUCACUGCAGGAAAAAUUGUUCCAUUGACAAUGGCCACUUUUUGCAGCUUAUUAAAAACAUCGGCUGGUUAUAUAUCAUUUUUAUUGGCAAUACAGAAUUAAAGGA